AUGUUUCUCUACCAGCUGCUCAACUUCUUCUUCGUGUCUUCCAAAAAGGAAGAGGAAUCCAGUUAUGACCUGUCUCUAUACAAGCGCGGCGAUUUGUUAGAAGUGCCCAGGACGUUGUUUACUCAUUUCGGCAUCUACCUGGGUGACAACCGUGUGGCCCAUCUCAUCCCGGACAUCCUACCUGUGAUCUCCAGGGACAAAUCCUCUAUUGCCAAGAUGGUGACAAACAACCGUCUGCUGCUGGGGGUCAUCACCAAAGCGGCCAGCGUUAGGGUGGACUCGGUGGCGGAUUUUGCUUAUGGCUCAGAGAUUCUGAUCAACCACAUGGAUAAAGUGUGCAGCCAGCCUCCCCUGGAUGGGGACGAGGUGGCACGAAGGGCUGAGAAGCUCCUGGGAUCCGUCACCUACAGCUUGCUGUGGUACAACUGCGAACACUACGUCAUGUACUGCAGAUAUGGGAUGGCCAUCAGCUACCAGACAUACCAGUUCUGCACAAUUGUCCGGAAGAUUGUGUUUAGCCAGAUGAGUGCCUACGUGACGGCGCUGUGUGGAGUGUGCACCAUGCUGUAUCUGGGCUGCGUGACGCCGCUGACGGUUUUACUGACUCUGCUCGUCUCAUUCACCAUCUGGAUGGCGGCCUAAUGACCUCUGGAGAGAAAAAGACUCAAACAAAGUCCUGUGGUUUUGCAGUGUGUCUAAAGGCAUUAGGAAACAAAUCCACUCACUAUUAUAGAAAUGCCUGUGUUUUACUUUUCAGGCUUUUUGUGUACUUUUUAUUCAUGAACUGCAACUGUUUAAUUAAUCAGUCUGCUCUUUAUUGUAAUGCUGCUGUAAGCCUUUUGAUUGCUCAGAUGUUUAAUUUUGCCCGUUUUUCAUCAUUAACGCUCACAAGGCUCCAAUAUUCAACAUUAAUCUCAAUGCAGCAGGUUGCAAAUGAAUUUAGACUCAGUACAGUUGCUUUUGUGUGGUGGUACGUGUAUAUUUCUUUUGGCCUUAUAGAAAACUCAAAGGAUACUUUUAUCUCCUUCACAAUGACUGAAAAAAGCAAUCAGUCAGAUUCCACUCUUACAUAACGCUGUAGCUUAAAUGCUGGCUCGGACAAAGUGCAAUAAUUUUCUCCUCUUGUGAUAUAAUUGUGAUAAAUUAGUCACAUUUCGUUUGACAGUGCAUUAAAAAUGUAUUUCUACCUUC